GCUUUUACGCGGUCGCUGCCAUGUCCGAAAGAUCCAAAGGUGACGUGUCUCGCGUAAACAGCAAUCCAAAUACGCCGCGUGUCGUUAAAAAUCCAUUACUUAGCGCCUCGGUAACCGGACUCAGCUACGAAGACUUUCCCAACAAGCCGCAACUGUUGCCCGCCGCCCCGCCCGUGGUGCAUGCCCCGCCGCCAGCACCCACACCCGUCCUGAUCGCUGGCAUUCUGAAUCGCGAGCCAAAAACUUUGGUGACCGUGGGACAGCCGUCGAGCAUCGAUGACAGCGAAGCCCUCGACGAGAUCAACUUGAAUACGAGCAGCGAGGACUCGAGUGGAGUCAGUGGUGGAUCGUCGACUGCGUAUCUGCGUGGCACAGGCGAUGGUAAUGCCAAUCCCUUGCUAGAACCACCCCCGGGCGCUGGAAACGAUUCAUUGUUGAGCCAGGCGGCCUCAUCCUUCACAGCAUUGCCCUCGGUGGCCUCCAAUGUGUUUUCCACCUUCUCCAAGAGAAUCUACGCGGGCACAAAGGAAUCGGAAGAGCCUAAGUUGGACAUCCAACCCACGUACAUACAGCAGGCGGGACACUACGCCCCACCGCCAGUAGCUGCAGCACCACCACCACCAUUCUACGCGGCACCACCGGCGGCAGUGAAUGAGAUUGUUGCUGCCCCAGAACCACCCAAGUUCUAUGCCCCCACGGAGGUGCCAGCCCCGAACGUAGGCAUCGCCAGUGCACCACCACCCACCGCAUCGGGAAAUCCCAACACCUAUCGAUUCACCGCCAGAAAGAAGCUAUACGCACCGAUUCCUGGCUUCACCGAGCAGUCGGCACAGGGUCCGCAGAUUCCACAGGCCCCACAGGCAGGUUUGCCCUUCCAGACGCCACCAUAUCCAGCCCAACAGGCAGCUCCAUUUGAGAUAUCAUCAGCAUCUCCUUUUGAGAUACAAGGAGCUCCCCCAGCAGCAGCAGCAGCUCCCACAGAGGAGCGCAAAUCCGGCGGAGGACUAUUUUCUCUGUCCAAUCUUGUGCCCACUGGCGUGCUGCAAAACAUCUCCGGACUUGUACAGUCCGCCACAGGCAGGAGCAGCGAGCAGGCAGCCAGUAAUCCUCCACCAUCUGGCGGGGGUUACUUUGACAUCAACACAGUCGCUCCAGCAAAUCCGAGCAACUAUUUCGGUGGCCCAUCAGCGGCGACACCGCCAGCGGGAAGCUACUUUGUGCCUGCCGCAGUUCCUGAGGCAGCGACAGCGAUUUCUCAACUACCUGUAGGUGGGUUCUUUCCACAGCCAGCCAAUCCGAUAGCGACAGCUGCUGUAGCUUCAGUCGCGGCUCCUCCCACAGUUGGAGGAUUCUUUGGGGCAAUACCACCUGCUAAUCCGCCAGCAACUGAUAUCAAUCCCAUCUCGGGAGCACCACCAGUUGGAGGAUUCUUUACACCAGGUGUGACAACAGUUCCUCCCACAGUUGGAGGAUUCUAUACGCCCGUUUCGGCACCGAUUGAGAUCAAUCCUAUUGCUGAAGCACCCCCACCGGCAGCAGCAGCUAUUCCCCCAACAUCUGCACUUGCAGGAGGAUUUACUGCAAACCCAGGAGUAGUGUCAUCUGUGACUACAUCCACGACAGCAGCUCCUCCGCCAAUUGGAGGAUUCUUUGAUCCUAAUCCAGCAGCAUUUGGUAUUCCUCCCACUUCCACAGUUGGAGGAUUCUUUACGCCAGCAGCAGUUCCACCUGUGGCCACAGCAGCACCUGUUCCACCUGUUGCCACAGUAACAGCAGCAGCUCCUCCACUAGUAGGAGGAUUCUUUGCACCCGCAGGAGCAGGGCCACCAUCCAACGCAACUCCACUGGCAGGACCACCUCUGGGGACAGCACCUCCAUUGGCAGGACCACCUUUAGGAUCAGCAGCAACUGGCGCUGGACCACCACCUGCCGCUGGACAGGCAUCGUAUCGCCUCCAGAAGGGCACACGUCUCUACAAGAGUCCAUUGACGGCACAGGAAACUGCCACAGCGUCUGCUUUCGGCACUCCCUUUGCCACAACAGCAUCUGCCCCAGCUGCCGUCUUCAAUCCAUUUGGAAUUGGAGCUUCAGGAGUAUUUAAUCCAUUAGCUGGCAACCCACCAGCUGGUCAGCAGGAGAGCGAAGAUAACUCAGCCGUUGCACUUUUUGCACCUCCUCCUGCACCAGUUGCAGGACAGACCAUAGAUCAAGGACCGGCUCCUCCAGCUGCCUUUGCAUCGACUAAUCAGGGAAGUCCCUUCCCCGCUCCACAGCCAGGACCCCAGGCAACGCCAUUCUUCAUUCCACAAACGGGGGACAGACCUCCAGUACCCACCAGCCAGGAAACUGCACCAUCCAGCCAAGGAAUAUCCUUCUUUGAAGCACCUCCGGCAUCGGACAUUGCUCUCUUCACGCCGCCACCCGUCCAGGAAACUGCACCAUCCAGCCAAGGAAUAUCCUUCUUUGAAGCACCUCCGACAUCGGACAUUGCUCUCUUCACGCCACCCGUCCAGGAAACAGCAGCAGCACCAAUCGAAUUAAAACCAAUCGAAACACAAGGAAUAUCUUUCUUUGCACCGCAGCCAGAUCUCGCACCUUCAGCAGCCCAAGAGAUUCCACUGUUUGUCCCGGCAGCAGUUGACGCACCUCCAGAAGGACAUCCCUUGUAUCCACCUACAUCUACAGCAGUCGCAGAGGAUAUUCCUGCAGCUGAGAGCCCCUUAUUUGUGCCAGUGCCAACAUCGGCAGCAGAUCAGAGUCAGGGAGUACCUCUCUAUCCACCAGAAACAGCCACAUCUAACGCUUCAUCUAGCGUUCUCUUUGCUGCAUCGGAGCAUCAACCGAGUCCACCAUUAUUCGAAGCUGUUCAACCAGCAUCCACUGAGGCAGUUGAUUCUUCAGCAAGCGAUUUCUUUGGAUCUGCCAAGGCUGAAGCUGUCGCUGCCUCUGCAAACACCGAAACGGCUUACAGCCCAUUCGGACAGACGGUGAACACACCCUCGCAAGUGCUGCAGACACCACCGGCACAAGAUUUACUGCCACCGCCUAUAGGAUUUGUUGCGCCACAACAACCAGAGGCAGAGCCAGAGCCAGAGGUGGCCGCUGCCGCUCCUCCAGCAGAAUUCGGAGGAGUUACCGAAGCACUAGCCCUAGCCCACCCACCACUUGCACCAUCGCCGCUUCAGAGCUUCUUUUCGCAGCCAGCGACUGCUGCCCCAGAGGAUUUCAACUUUUUUGCCGCACCAGGCAGCAGCCUGUUUCCAGAACUGCCACAGCAGCGGGGCAUAGCGCCGCCCCCUUUGGCACAGGAGCCACCGCCGGUAGCAGCAGAAUCUGGUAUUGCACCAGGACUGGGCUUUGAUCAAUUUCUAAGCCAAUCCCAGCAAGCGCAAAGCCACAACUCCAUUGGAAAUUCAAAUGAGAAUUCCUAUCAACAAAAUUCAAGUGUCAAUUCAUUCUCUGGCUAUUUUGGUGGCCCCACUGUGACAGAAGCCCCAGCCCCAGCCACAACCACAGCAGCAGCAGUGCCACUUGCCGCUCCAGUUACUAACUGUGACCCCUCCUAUUUCUUUGAUCAAGUGCCACAGCCACAGGCCCCGACAAACGCUAACGAGGAUCAACGCAUACAGAACUUCUUCAACAACCCGCCACUGCAGGACCAGCCAGCGGCACCGGGCGAACUCAAAUACGAUAUAGUGCACAGCGGUCUGCCCGUCAAACAGUUACAGGCACGCUCCCAGACACCCAUCUCCAAUUUGGUGGAGCCCCCAUCCUCGUCUGCCUGCUCAGAGUUUUCGACACUGGCACCAGCAGCAGCAACAGUUCCAGCAACAGCUCCGGAAACCAAUCCAACAGUCGAACGUCAAACGGGCGAGGAUCUACUGCAGUUGCAUCAAGCGGAAUUGCCGGAAGAGAUUUUGAAAGAGCUCAGAAUGGCCGCAAAGGCAACGACAAGCGACAAGGCAGCCACGCCCCCUGUUUCUAUAGUUUAUACGCCUGCUGUGGUCCAUUGGUUCUACAAACGUAGAGUGGACGCGAAACAUAUUUGGACACCAUUCAGUCACUAUGAUUCAGCGCUGCUUGAGACCAGCCUCCACAAUGAAGAUUCCACACUGAUUGUGCCCGUCGAGGGUGGCCGCUAUGAUGUCAGCAUCAAGGAACGCACCAAAACCCCCGUCUAUUGGGAGGGCAAGGGCAUUGAGGUGCGCCGCUGCUCGUGGUUCUACAAGGGCGUAGACUCCAAGUAUGUGCCCUAUUCUGAGGACACGGCCGCACUGCUGGAAGACGAGUACAAACGUUCGGCAGAGACUGGCGAAUGGCAUCAGAAGAUAAUGCUGGCCAACGGUGAACAGGUGGUCUUCCAUGGGCCCACAGUCAUCGUGCAUUUCCUGCCACAACAGAAUUCGGAUUCGUGGGGGGCCAGCGCACAGAGCUCCAUGCGUCCGCGGGUGGUCAAGAGGGAUCUGGAUGACUUUGUCAUCAAGCAGGGCGAGUCCCAGCGUGUGGAUCAUCUGUUGUUUAUGGUCCAUGGCAUUGGUUCGGCCUGUGAUCUGAAAAUGCGUUCAGUGGAGGAAGUGGUGGAUGAUUUCAGAGACAUUGCCCAGCAGCUGGUUCAGUCGCACUACAAGAACUCCACAGAUAUGGGCCUGGUGGGUCGUGUCGAAGUUUUGCCCAUCUCCUGGCAUGGCCACUUACACUCCGAGGAGGAGGGCAUCGAUGAGAAGCUAAAAUCCAUUACCCUAGAGUCCAUACCACGGCUACGUAACUUUACCAACGACACUCUGCUGGACGUACUCUUCUACACCAGUCCCAAGUAUUGUCAAAAGAUUAUGAACACGGUGGCCGAUGCUCUCAAUGAAGUCUAUCUGAAGUACAGAUUCCGGCAUCCGGAAUUCAACGGCGGCGUCUCAUUGGCCGGCCACAGUCUGGGGUCACUGAUCCUAUUCGAUCUGCUGUGCCAUCAGGAGCCACUCAAAGAGAGCGAAGAGGAGAAUAAGGAGAACCCAGACCAGCUGCCGCAGAAGAACGAAAACAACUACAAGAAAGUGCAACUGCCCUCCGGCGAUCUGCUGCCGAGGCAGGUCAGCUACACCAUGGGUCCGGCCGGCACUGGACAGCCGGUCAUCAACUACACACAGCUCAUCUUCCACCCGAAGAAGUUCUUUGCCCUGGGCUCGCCCAUCGGCAUGUUUGUGACCAUUCGGGGCAUCGACCAGCUUGGCCUGGACUUUCACCUGCCCACAUGUCCGGGUUUCUACAAUAUAUUCCAUCCCUUCGAUCCGGUGGCCUAUCGGAUUGAGGCUCUCGUCAAUGCGGAUAUGAAUGGUAUACGUCCUGUUCUCAUACCCCAUCACAAGGGACGCAAGCGCAUGCAUCUGGAGCUGAGGGAGACUAUGACGCGUGUGGGGGCAGAUAUUAAGCAGAGAUUCAUGGACACAUUCAAGACCACCCUGGACAGUGUGAACUUCUUGGCCACGGUGACCAAAGUUAAAAAGGAGGCAGAAGAGACGCUCGAAAAGCAGGUCUUAAAUCAGACUUCGUCGCAGUUCCAGAAAGAAAACGAUGAUCAAGAGGAUAUUUCUGUGGCCAGCACAUCCACAAAGACAAGAAAUCGCACAUAUUCCAACUCGACAACGGCCUCAGAUCCAGAGUUUGUAGAACUGGACUUUCCGCUAGGCAAACUGAACGAUUCGAAGCGCGUCGACUAUGUGCUGCAAGAGGCACCGCUGGAGUUUAUCAAUGAGUACAUCUUUGCCUUGAGCAGUCAUGUCUGCUACUGGGGCUCUGAAGACACAAUCCUGUUUGUGAUGAAGGAAAUCUAUGCCAGCCUCGGGAUCAGCACCGACAGCCAGGUGCCCCAGCAAUCCAUGACCAUCGAGAGGCCCGGCUCAUUUGACAGUAAUCAGUCGCUGUUGCCGAUGUGAACACCCACACACACACAAUUAUACUAUAAACAUUUUAGAAUCAAUUGAUUUAGACAUGUUUUUGUUGUUAGAAGAAUUAUCUAAAGAAUUUUUAUUAUGUGCAACGAUCACUUGGUUAAUGGUAUUAUCUAAGUAAAAAUUUCUCUAUCAUCUGAGCAACAUAUUAACGUACAUACUAUCAGCUGGUAAAAUGAACAUGCAUAUUUUCGAGCUUUAUAAAUCAAUUUUAUCAACUAUUUACCUAAUGUGCGACAGAUGUAAUCUUUGUUAUUUUUGUAAUAUUGCGUUUAUAAAAUUGACCUUUGUAACAUUUAUGCUAAAGAAAGUGUAUGUCUAACUAAUAUCAUAAUAAAUAACUAAAGAAAAUCAUA